GCCUAGAACACAUGAUGCGCGUUGCAGACAGAGGUCUGUGGUAUCAACUUGUGGCAUAUCUUGUAAGUGCGCGUGGUUUACGUAAGCCGAUGGAGAUAACCACAAAUACGCUUUGGUGUGGAGAAGUGCGUGGCGUGCAUGCGGCGGCUUCCAAUCUUGAACCUCGACCUCCCGGCCUUCAGGCCCAGCGUUUUUUCUCCGUCGUCACCACCAACAAGAAUCUGCCUGCCGCCUGGACCGCAACAUGUGGCUCUCCUCUCGAGACGACCUGAGCACUUCGACCCCCGCGACCAUCAUAAGAGCAAGACAGCCUGACUGAGCCAGCACAAAACACACCGACACGACCAUAUUCACGACUAACGACAGCAGCAGCAGCAGCGGUUGCUGCACACCACCCGCCCAAGAUGCAGGGCUUCAACAUGGGCCGCUACGUCCCGCCGGACCUCGAGGGCACAACGACGACGGGGAACGCCCUCCACCGCAAGAGACCGCCCGGCCAGCGCGUCCGCGCGAGCGACGGCACCCUCCAGCAGACGGUGCGCUUCGAGAUGCCCUUUGCCGUGUGGUGCGGAACCUGCGCCAAGCCGACCAUCAUCGGGCAGGGGGUGCGCUUCAACGCGACAAAGAGCCGCGCGGGCCAGUACCACAGCACGCCCAUCUGGAGCUUCCGCAUGCGCCACGCCGCGUGCGGCGGGGAGAUUGAGAUCCGGACCGACCCGCAGAACACGGCGUACGUGGUCGCCUCGGGCGGCAGGAGGCGCGACACGGGCGACGACGGGGUCCGGGAUGCGAGCGGGCUGGUCGUCAGCGCCGGGGACGGCGAGGCCGGCGGGUUGAGGAUCCUGACGGACAAGGAGCGCGAGGAGAUGCGCGCGAGCGCGUUCAAGAAGCUCGAGCGCACAAUCGAGGACCGCGAGCACGCGGCCCAGGCGCGCCUGCGGAUCGACGAGAUCGAGGCCGUCCAGGCACGAGGCUGGGACGACCCGUACGCCGCGAACGCGCGGCUGCGCAAGGAGUUCCGCGUGGGCAGGCACGAGCGCGAGAAGGCCGGGCGGGCGGCCGAGGACCUCAAGGACCGCAUGAGUCUCGGGAUCGACCUGUUGCCGGAGAACGACGUGGACGCGAGGCGUGCCGCCCUCGUCGACUUCCGCCCCGCGGACAGCGAGGGCGCGGAUGGUAGUUGGGCACUGGUCAAACCGCUGUUUCCGAGCAAGAUCGAUCCCGCAUCCAGGGGUGCGUCAAGAACACCAGAUCGCAGAGCCUUGAACAGUGGCACUACACCUAAAACAACACCCAGCGCCCACAAGCACUCAAAGCGCCUCAAAAAGUCAGAGAUCGCGGCCGCCCAGCACCGCGACCAUCUCGUGUCAGAGAUUGUCGGCAACACCCGCGCUGCCAGCGACCCUUUCCUCACCGCUUUCUCCUCGUCUCCUGGCGAGCAAGCACGGUCUCAGACAGCUGCUCGCGUACUCGCCGGCAUCAAGCGGAAGCAGUCGAGCGUUGCUACUGAUGCGGGGACUUCAGGCUCCGACGGCUCGACAACUCCCACGGGAAGUGCCUUGAAAAUUGCGCGGCUACGAGACGAUACAUCUGCCGAGGAGAAGGAUGGAGAAGAGAGCAGAGCAGACGCAGGUGGCUCUGGCAAGCCGACUGUGACGUUGCCUUCUGCGCUGGUGGAGUAUGACUCUGAUUGAGUCGGUGUGCCAGUACCAACGAGAUAGAGUUGCCGCUGGAUCAGCAACGUGCAGGAAUGAGUUCACGACUAGAUACACUACAUAUGAUACCCCCGGCUUCAAGCUCAGCAUGAUUAGGACAUAUAGAACAUUGAAUGGUACCACAGCAACGCAC